UGAUUAUAGAGUAGAGAGUAUUUAAUUAGCAUCACACAAAAUAAAAGCGAAAUCGAAAACAUGGAGUGGAGCGCGUGGGUUAUCGCCAUCACUCACCACUUUUGGUUUAUCCGUUGGAAAUUUGGCAGCCAAUGGACAUUCAUACAUAACAUGUGGCUUCGCAACUGCUAUUACUAUUAGCUUCCAAUGGAGAGGUUUCCUUCUUCUGAACGAGAGAGCAUUGUUUUAGGGUACAGAGAGAGUGAGUCGUUGAUUGGGAGGUCGUCGUCGAGCAAUUCGAUGUUGGAGGUGGAUUUCAAGGACGUGUUUGGAGGGCCUCCGCGGCGGUCAUCGAUGAACGAAGGGGAAAGAGGUUGGUGUAGGUGGCCUCCGGAGAGGGUGUUUGGGGAGGAGAGUGGGAAUCGGAGGCGUAAUGACGACUUCUUCGAUGACAUAUUCGGAGGUGAGGAGUCAGCAAGUGUGUGUUCCACGCCAAACAACAAUUUCGCUCUCUCCCGAGUCUCCAGCCCUCUGCCCUCUGCGCCUCAUUCACUUCCCUCUCUCCCGCUACCCUUCAGCCUUCCUGCCAAAUUGACAAAUGGAGUGGACCUUCCAACAUUUGGUUCCCCCAACAACACCAGCGAUGCUUCAAAUGGAUAUGGCCUUUCAGAUUCCCAUCUAUCCAGAUUUUCACCCCAUCGUAAGGAGUUGAAAAAUGAGUUAAAACCUUACCGACAAAGUCUUCUAUCACAAGAAUUUUCGAACUCGAGCACAUCUGAUAAAGCAGACAAAGGAAGCAUUAUGAAACAAGACAUAUCUAUUGGUGAUGUUUCCCCUAAUACCAGUAAUAGCCAGUUCCAUUUCUCAAUAUAUAAAUGGGCAAGUAAAGGGGUGCCAAUGAUGAUGCCUCUUAGGACAGAGAGAACCUCAAGGACUAAGGAUAAGGUUAAACUUGAGAGAUGCUCAAGCGCUAAGGAAUGGAGGGUCGGUGAGACUACCACACAAAAUCCUGUAGUGUACAAUGAUUCCUCUUUAAUGAGUAAUAGAAAACAAGAUGUGUCAACUACUUCCACAGCCACUGAAAAUCGAGCAGAUUCAAACCAGAUUGUAGAACAAGUAGUUUCUGCCAAAGCUCAAUCAGGUACAUCGAGUAUCCCUCAAACUGAUACUAAAGAUGUGGAAGUAGAAUCAAGUAAUCAUUCUGGAAAAACUGAGGCAGCAAGGGAAACGCAGAAGCUUGAGUCUAAGCCAUUACAAUUUCUGUUCAAAGAAAGUGAAAAGAAACUAGAUAAUGAUAUGAUUACUAGGGAGAGAGACGAAAACAGGAUGAAAAGCACCAAAAAGUUGUCUGCUGUUUUUGAUGUUACUGUGAAUCCAAUGAAACAAGAAGAAAAGACAGUUUUCUCGAGAGAUGUAGGACAUACCACUUCUCAGGGUUCAUUGAGAUUAGGCGAGAAUAUGGGGAAAGGCCUAGUUAAAGGGAAGGUCAAAGAAUUCGCUCGAAUUUUCAACCAAGAAGCUGUAACAAAACCCAAAGUUGACUCCAAAUCUCUACCUCAGGGUUCUACUUACAAGCAGAGAGAUGCUUUAAAGACAAAUAAUGAAGUGGAAAGUGUUCCUGAACAAUCCAAGAAGGAGAACUCUGCCAUGGAGACCACCAACAUCUCUGCUAAUAAUUUGUCUCAUCAAAAUGAUAUCUCAGCGCAAGCAGCAAUUCCUGAUAUAUCAUUUACUGUUAUUGGAGAUAAAGACGAGUCCUUCAAUGGGAGUUUCAUGAUACAAGUAUUAGACGAAGAUGAGGGUGAGGUCUUACAAAACCAAGAAAAUCAAGAAAUCCAAAUGAUUGACAACAAGAUACGACAAUGGUCUAAAGGGAAGGAAGGAAACAUACGCUCCCUGCUAUCGACAUUACAAUAUGUACUUUGGCCGGAGUGUGGAUGGAAGCCUGUGCCUCUUGUUGAUAUAAUUGAAGGGAACGCCGUGAAAAGAGCAUAUCAAAGAGCUUUACUCUGUCUGCAUCCAGAUAAGUUGCAGCAAAAGGGAGCUUCUUCAGAUAAAAAAUAUAUUGCAGAAAAAGUUUUUGAUAUUUUACAGGAGGCAUGGACUCAAUUCAAUAUGCUCGGUGCACUCUAAUUUUGUCGACAUCAUUUAUUGAGUAAAAGCACUAUUGGUGCCUUGUGGGAAGCUUCCCUCCUUAGACUUUUACUCGAUCUUGUUCUUUUCAGAAGUGCAAGUGUUACUUCAUAUAGCUGUAGCUAAUUUCACGGUAAAUUGGUAAUGUAAAUGAUUGGGUACGCAAAGAUGUAAUUUUAUUGUAUGGUAUGAAUACACCAGUGUUUUUUUUUU